GAUUGUGCAGAUGGACGUCGCAAUCCGCCUCAUUCUUUAUCCCCCACGAAUAUACACCUUCCUCCCCUUCUUCUUGGCUUACAGACUAUUUUCGCCAUUUGUGAUUCAUACUUGGAACGCGAACCUUCUUGCGCGAUCGUGAUUUCUCUUGUUCUGCCAUGGCGCUUUCUCCUUGCUUUCGAUGAGCACUCCUGAACCCCUAUCCCCGACGUUGUUGUAGGAUAUCACGACUUCCUCAGCUGAUCGACCGACGAACGACAAGCUCAAGACGACGAGAGCGGCCCACCAGCCCCCGAACUCUACGACUGCUCCGCGCAUUAAUUUGCAACACGGUCUGCUGACCGUGCACCGACAACGCACUAGGGAUGCAGAUCGCCAGAGGGAAGACGGUUGCAAACGGACGGAAGGCUAAAUUGGCCAAUUCGUAUCAAGAACUUCUGGACGAAUUCUCCAACAAGGAGCUCAAGUCGGUUGGGAAUUAUAAUCUUGGGCGUUUGAUUGGCAAGGGGUCGUUUGGCAAGGUCUAUCUUGCCUCACAUAAGCUCAUCAAUGGCUCCAAGGUUGUGCUCAAGUCCGCGAACAAGGAUGAUUCGAACCUCGCACGCGAGAUCCACCACCACCGUCAAUUCGUGCACCCUCACAUUGCCCGACUCUACGAGGUGAUAGUCACCGAAAGCUUGGUGUGGCUUGCUCUGGAGUACUGCCCAGGAGACGAGCUUUACAACUACCUUCUUAAGCAUGGGCCAUUGCCGAUCGCAAAGGUCCAAAAGAUUUUUGCACAGCUUGUCGGCGCGGUUGCCUACGUCCACCAGCAGUCCUGUGUACACCGCGACUUGAAACUCGAAAAUAUCUUGUUCGACAAGAACGAAAACGUCAAGCUAGUCGAUUUUGGCUUCACCCGGGAAUAUGAGGGCCGAACGAACCACCUCCAAACCUUUUGCGGAACAAUAUGUUAUGCGGCUCCAGAAAUGCUCAAAGGGGAAAAAUACGCGGGCGAGAAGGUUGACGUCUGGAGUCUAGGCAUCAUAUUGUAUGCUUUGCUGUGCGGUGAACUGCCUUUUGACGAUGACGAUGACGGCGCAACGCGCACCAAGAUCCUCACCGAGAAGCCCGCCUUCCCCGAACAUCUCCCUGCCGAUGCAGUCAGUCUGAUGGAGCAGCUGCUGUCCAAAAGACCGUUCCCGAGACCAAGUUUGCCCGACAUUCUAUCCCACCCAUUUCUUGCCGAACAUGCUCCGGCGCAACAGGCUAUCCUGGAAGUCCACCAGCCUAGCCCAUUUACCACGGGCCUGGAGAAGGAUUGCCUCCAUCGGAUGAAGGCUGCAGGCGUCGACAUUGAUAUGGUCAUAGAGAGCGUGUUGGCUCAGAAGUGCGAUGCUCUAUCGGGAUGGUGGACAUUGCUACUUGCCAAAGAACGCAGGAAGCUUGCGCGGAGGGAGAGAAAGCGCACGGAACGAGAGGCAGAGAACAAGAGCUCACGUCGCGUCUCUGCUGCAUCGAGCAGACUGGAGCGCAUGGCGCCUUCGUUGCACGAUGUCGACGAAGACGGCGGUUUGACCAGCCAUUUCAUAAGUUCGAGAAGCCGCGGCCGGAGCUCUCGACGCAGCACACAUUAUUAUACUGAUUUCAACUUCCAGGAGCUGGCGACCCAAUUUGGCGACCCGAGUGCGUGGAACGGUCUUGGGAGCCCUGACGAGAUCCCACCGACUCCGAUCGACAAGGACUCCAUCAGAUCCGCGUCAACGUCUACGCAUCGUCGUCCCGUGCCACCUCCCAAAGAGGGCAUCAUUCGAAGCGCACGCUCUCGUGGUUCCACGCUCCACUUGGUGACAACAUCCGAAGCGCUUGGCCAUAGCGGCCACCACCACCACUCCCAUACCACAACGGAGACCAAUGGUAAUCCAAAGUCCAGACGUAAACCAAGUCAAGCCAUUAUUGCGCACUGGAAGAACUGGACACACUGGAUAUUCGAAAACACGACUAAAAGACGACGAUGGCACGACAGAAAGUCAAGCCGUAGCACACCUGAUCUACACAAGAAAGAUGGAAACUCCACUGGCAAAGAUAGCAAGGCUUCAACACCUCGUCCUCAGACAAACCCAACCUCAGGCCUUCAAAAGUUCCCAGCCACUGCAGGACUGCCGAAGAACGUCGUGGCGAACGGCCAUCUAGGCAACGCGAUAGGGUCAAAGGGCAGCAGCAAAGCCGGACACGGGCAGUCCCGACAAGCCCUCCAUCCGGGGUCGGACCAUGGAACAUUGCGCACUUCCCCAGCGCAUCCACAGCUUCGGAAGCGCCAGUCUUUGUCCCCAGCGCCGUUGACGCCCACGCCUGUGACCCCUCGAUCUUCGACAAUGAGACGGUCGUCGGCCGGUCUUCGAGGCCGCAAGUCCACGUCAUCGUCAGUCUCGUCAGUACGUUCCAUGCAUCGGCACCGCCAUUCCCACUCCAAAGCUUCCUCGACUAGUUCUGCUGGAUCAGUUUCGGUAUCGAAGAACGCACAUCAUCGUGGCGCGUCCCCGCAACACUCUGUCAAGCUACUUCCCGCUACUCCAACGGCCACAUCCUUCCCUUCCAACAUCCGUCUGGUCCGCGCCGCGCCCUCGCCCUUGAACUUCUACAAUGAAGGCAUGCCUCAUAAUGAACCCGCGGUACCAGGCUCGCCAAACCCAUUCUCGUCGGGGGUCUUGUUUGCAAGACGCAAGAAGAACAUUUUCAAGGGCCCCUCGCUCAACCCCGGAGGUGUCCUGGGGAGUGGUCACAGAAGCUCCUCAGCCGGUGGCCACUCGCGUUCUGCGAGUGGAAGUGCCAUUGCUCGGCGAUCCGGAGAAGUGACCAUACAGGAGGAGGACGAAGAUCACGAAGCAGAGGCAGAAGUUGUUGAGGAGGUGGAAAACUUCACGCCUGUCAUCACACGACCGGGCGAAAUCGUCGAAGAACGCAUCAUCGAGGCGGACGAAGAACCGGAAGUUCGAAACGAUGCCAGUGCAGCUGCGAUCAAGACACCAUGAGCAGCUGCCAACCAAGUCGGUGGCAGCAGCUGAUCGCAGACGAUGACACUGUUUCGCUACUCUGGCCUUGAGCUCCAGAUGUCCCCUUGAGCGUGCUUGUCUGAUGUUCGCGACGACUUGGAUCUUUACUUGCUUUGCGGGGAUACCCCUCUGCUUCAUACUCAUCCAAUCACAGGUUCGAAUAUAAUGUAUAUAGAAACACCUUGAGAUACUUAGUUGGAUUAGUUGCCAUGUCAAUUGGCAAU